AUAACACGCGGUGUCUUAUGAAACAUAGGAUUGAUCCGGUGGUUGAGGUAAAUUGACAGGCAGGGUGCCUGAUCGCUAUCUUUUCUUCCCUGUGGUGUGGUUGAGAUAAAGGAAGAGGAUAAUUCUCUUGAUCAUUGAAUUGUUAUGAUUAAACUUGUUUCUACAUUGCAAUUUUGUAGCGUCCCUAAAUUUUCAUUCAAGCUCCGACAGAACUGUGAUAGAACAAUAAUCCGAUCGCAAAUGGAGAGCGUGAAGGUGGUGACGGUGAAGCCAAUCGAAGCAACUCCGUCUACCUUCAAAGACUACGGUCAGGUCAUCGAGCCUUCACCAGACGAUCAGAGGUUUGGUCCCCAUGAUGAUCAACUUGACCUCACUCAAGGAAUUCCCAGGUUCUAUAUUAUGCAUCUUGAAAAUCGCCCACUUAAGUUUUCUAAUAUCACACAUCAUGCAAGUGUGACUCAGUGCCUUGGGUCCAUUGGUGGUAAUGUUUGGUAUCUUGGAGUGGCUAAGCCAUCCAUUGUUGAUUCAAACGGAAUCAAGGACGAGACAGUGGUGCAGUCACGCAGCGGUCAUUUUUAUGCACCUCCUGCCAUUGAGGAUGUCCAAGUUUUCAAGAUUGCAGGUUCUAAAUAUCUCAAGCUUAAUCGAGGGACAUGGCAUGCUGGUCCUCUAUUUAAGUCUGAUACAAUGGACUUUUACAAUCUUGAGCUGAGCAAUACAAAUGAGGUUGAUCAUACCACACACAACUUUGACAAAGAAAACGGAGUGGUUUUUUCGAUCAAUGAGUAAUUUGAGCUUUAUGUAGUUUCCAGCGUUUCGAGUGAUUCUGCUUAUUAUGUGUCAUCAAAUGACAGAUUAUUGUAUAUACAAAAGUUGAAGCAAUUGGACACAGCUCCAAGGUUGAUCAAAGAUUAGUUAAUCAUACUUACAACCUGUGAAAGAUGAAAGGUGAAAGUUGAAGCAAUGCCAUUUACUGCAUUAUGUACCAAGCAUGAGGACUACAUGAGUUACUACAUUAAACUUUACCUUCCUAGCCUACUGCACGAGCAAUUUCCAUAUGACCAUGAACAAAAUUGUAGUAAUUUCAAUGUAAUCUCAUAUUAACAAAUCAAUCAAUGUUAUUCUAACUUUAAUAUA